AUGGGCAAGAAUACUGAAGAAUCAUUUACCCACAAAUCAUCUAAGCAUGUUUACAGGAGCCUGUCCUCAAGUGAAGAUUGGAGACAAUCACGAAGCCCAUCUGCAGAAAGUAAAUCGAGUGGCAAAAAGAUCCAAUAUACUCCCAAUAGUGAGAGGAGUUCAUCUCGUAACCAUACACAGAGAGAGGGAAAACUAUCACAGCAAGAGGAAGUUAUGUGGGUAGAGAAGACCACAAGAAAUGAUGCAGUAUGGGUGGAGAAGACUCAAGUAACAAAACAAAGUCAGAUACCAAAGGCAAGCAGAGGUUACAUACAUUGGGUGUUGCUGCUUCAAGCAUUCAUGAUUCAGAUCCAAAGGACAGUAAAACACAGCAAAAAAGCCAAAAGACGGGGAAAAAGAAAGCGAUCAAGAUCAGAUUCCUCCUCAGAUUCAAGUUCAGACACAAAGAAAAAAGCUCGUUCAUCAAACAAAAAGUUUAAAAGGGCAAAACAUUUCAAUGCUAAGAAGAAACACAGGUCCAGUUCUCCUGUAACCAAAAAAGUAAUGAUGACUCCUUCUAGAAAAUCUUUUGAAGGAACUUAUAAGCAGGACUGGAAUGUGGACCCCUCCAAGUUGAAGAUAAAGCAUGAACCACAAGUGGUGGGAGAACAAUCUUCUUUUAAAGAUGAAGAUAGCAAAAAAAUAAAAUGGACGAAAGAGGAGGACAUCCAGCUCAAUCAGCUUGAGACUUUUCUAAAGGCUCUCAAGACCAAAAAAACUGAGCAGCUUCUUGCAGAAGGCAAACUGAAGAAAGUUUGA